CCCGGUCGGACCUUGUCGCGGGACCGGAAGGAGUGUGUGCCGGCGGCGGAAGCCGGGAGGCGGCUGCCGGCGGUUCUAGUAGGUUCCAGAGGCGGGCGGUGCGGAGGAGCCGGGCUCGGCGGCGGCGCGUCCGGAGGCUCCGAUGGCCAAGUGGGGGGAGGGCGACCCGCGCUGGAUCGUGGAGCAGCGGGCGGACGCCACCAAUGUGAACAACUGGCACUGGACUGAACGGGAUGCUUCUAAUUGGUCUACAGAGAAGCUGAAAGGUCUGUUUCUGGAGGUGAGAGUAGAGAAUGAGGAGGGGGCCUGUGAAGUGACAGAAGUGAGUAAACUGGAUGGAGAAGCAUCCAUCAACAACCGCAAAGGGAAGCUAAUAUUUUUCUACGAGUGGAAUAUCAAGCUCUCAUGGACAGGCACCUCAAAGUCGGGAGUGAAGUAUAAGGGGCAUGUGGAGAUUCCCAACCUCUCGGAUGAAAAUGAUGUUGAUGAAGUUGAGAUCUCCAUCAGCCUUGCCAAAGAUGAGCCUGACACCAACUUAAUGGUCUUGAUGAAGCAAGAGGGCAUGAAAAAGAUCAGGAAUGCAAUGAGCACUUACAUCAGCACGCUCAAAACAGAGUUCACCCAAGGCAUGAUUUUACCUACAGUAAAUGGGGAGCAAACAGAGCCAGCUCCUCAGUUGGCAGCUAAAGCAGAAGAGAACAAGACCACUGCUAGUACUGUCACUGCAGCGCCUGAGUCAAAACCCAUAGGCGUCAAGAUUCCCACCUGUAAGAUCAGUUUGAAGGACAUUUUCUUAACAUCUCCUGAGGAGCUCUACAGAGUGUUCACUACACAGGAGCUGGUCCAGGCUUUCACCCACGCGCCGGCAAUCAUAGAGGCUGAUAAAGGAGGGAAGUUCCACUUGCUAGAUGGCAGUGUCAGCGGCAAGUUCAUUGAUCUAGUCCCUGAGAAGCAGAUUGUUAUGAAGUGGAGAUUUAAAUCUUGGCCAUCUGGGCACUUUGCAACUGUUACCCUGAACUUCACUGAUAAAGGUGGCGAGACAGAAGUGCGCUUGGAGGGGAAGGGCAUCCCUUCCAGUGAGGAGGAGAGAACAAAGCAAGGGUGGCAGCGCUACUACUUUGAGGGCAUUAAACAGACGUUUGGCUAUGGUGCCCGCUUGUUUUAACAUCGGCUGCUGGGGAGAG